UCCAGACUUCGAAGCCUACGUUGCAACAAAGGUGUCACUGCUGCAGCUGCCAAGGGUUUUCUCCAUUGGCGUCAAGAGUUGAGCACGGGCCUCCACAUGAAGAACGAGUGCUGUGUGAUUGCAGUUCCUCUCCUUUUUGAAGUGCCAGGCGAAGAAAGACACAGACGAGUUGCAUCUACUGGAUUUGAUACUUCUUCAAUUUUUCUAUAGAAAGUGUAGGAAAGUGAAGGAAAUAUUGUAGAAUAUAGAUAAGAGUUUUCGAACUAUCAAACCAUGAGAAUUGUCCCACUUUGACGGAGUAAACAGGACUCUGGUUCUAGUGGUGGCAUGGACUUCGAGACUGAGCAGAAGUUUCUCCUCAGCAAGCACGUGGGUUACUUACUCGCCAACCUGCAACAGCUGCCGGCGCCAUAUGCAGGACAGGAGAGCAACCGACUCACGUUAGCCUACUUUGCUGUGGUGGGGCUGAAGAUGCUGGAUGCGCUCGACGAGGGCGCUGUGCCAGAGAUCACUGAAUGGGUGUACAGUCUGCAAGUGAUCCCUGAAAAGGGGCAAGUUGAGAACGGCACCUGCUACGGUUUUAGAGGCUCCCCCUCUCUAGGAAUACCCUACUCUGAAACAGGGGUACCCAGUCAACACCAGUACGACUCGGCCAACAUAGCUGCCACCUACAGCGCUCUGGCAAUCCUCCGCUCCUUCGGGGAUGACCUCAGCCGGGUGGCCCGAGAGCCAAUCCUGCGGACAUUGCAGCGCCUCCAGCAGUCAGACGGCAGUUUUGGGUCCGUUUGUGCUGAAGCUGAGUCUGACAUGCGCUUCGUUUUCUGUGCUGCGGCCAUAUGCUCAAUUCUCGGCGACCAGACGGCAAUCGACGUGGAUGCCGCCGUCCAGUUCAUACAUCGGAGUCGGGGUUACAGCGGCGGGUUUGGCCUCGCUUCAGGCCUCGAAGCUCAUGGGGGCGCGACGUACUGCGCGGUGGCUGCGCUCAAGUUGCUGGAACGUCUUCCACGACAAGGAAACGCGCUCGGUACGGAAGCUAACGGUUGCGGGAGAACAGGGACUGAGGGGAUGGGAACGACGUUGGAGUGGUGUUUACAGCGGCAGACGUCGAGCGGCGGUCUGCAGGGCCGGGCCAACAAAGACGCGGACACGUGUUACGCCUUUUGGGUCGGAGCCUCCCUCGAAAUGCUGGGGGGCUACUCUUUCUUGGACCGCCAAUCCCUGCGGCGCUUCCUUUUUCGAUGCCAAAACCAGAAGUAUGGAGGCUUCAGCAAGCAUCCUGGCGAGUUGCCCGAUCUGCUUCAUACAUUCUACGGGAUUUGUGGACUCAGUCUAGUCGGACAAGACGGCCUCAGACGAAUAGACGUGUCGCUGGGAGUCCCGGUCACUUGACCCGUUACCCUGGGUUCAAGCUCUCGUACGCUGGUUGGAUUGUGACCUUCCCUGGUUCAACGACUGAGAGCAACCUGAGUCUUCUUAUUCAAUGCCACACCGCAAUGUCGCAC